UCGCUUGUUCUUCUCCAUUUCCACUCUGAACAGACGCUCAGGGUGUCAGAUUGAAGCGUUUUCUCUGAAAGAUGUCAGGAUUUGUGUUUUUAUCUCCGAGUGUCCGCUGCAGGUCAGGCUGUAGCCGACGUAGAGACUCUGUCCUCGUUCUUCUGUAGCAGCUCCGGAGACAUGGACCGAGCAGGGACAGUCAGAGAGAGGAGCGGCUGCUAGCUAGCAGCUAGCACAGGAUGAAAGUCUGCUCCUUAUCACAUCUCGUGUUCAUGAGUUCUUUAUCCAGAAAGCGUCCUCUAGAAGCAGCAGAGUCCAUGUCUCGAGCCGUCCCGCUGUCUCCGCCGCACUGCUCUGUCUUCAUUAGCUCUUCUUCACGCAGACUGCUGUCAUGGAGGAAGUUGAUAAAAUUCUCAUUCAAGCCCUCAAACAAGUCGGCACGGAGGUGAGCGAGGAGACGGACAGCGUCAAGCAGUUCACCAGCGAGCUGAUCGUGGAGGCGGUGGUCCGAUGCAUCCGGGUGAUCGAGCCCGGCCUGGGGGGGGCGCUGCCCACCUCCCUGCCUCCGGGCAUGUCUGCUCGCUUCAGAGUGGGCAUGAGCCUGGCCCAGGCCUGUCAGGACCUGGGCUACAAGGGAGACAUCGGCUACCAGACCUUCCUGUACAGCAACGAGCCGGAGAUCCGCUCCCUGCUCAUGUUCCUGGUGGAGAAGCUGCCCAGAGAAAGCGCCGAGUCGUCGGACCAGCCCACAGGGAAGUCGGUGGUCCUCCAGAGGUCCAUCGCUGCCGCCCUCAGAGCCCAGCUGGCCGUCCCCUGGCUCCCCCCAGCCUGCAGACUGCCGCUGCAGACCCAGACUCAGAGUCUGGGUUCGAUGCACAGCUUCCAGGUUCAGCCUCUCAGCUUGCCGCUCGGCCCGCCGGCCUCGGAGCAGACGCUCCUGAAAGAGGUGGAGGAGUACCGGAGGGACGUCCUCCGUCCCGUCACCGCCCAGCUGUCCAGCCACUGCACCACGGCGGCGUCCCUCCUGGAGCGCCACACGGCCGAGCUGAGCGCCGCCCACGAGUGGGACGUGGAGUGGAAGAGUCAGGGACUGCUGUCCCGCCUCACGCCACAGGAGUACCGCUCCCGGAAGCUGAGCCGGCUGCGUAAACGCAUCGAGGAGCAGCUGCGCUCUGCCACCCUGCCGGCUGCAGACGGCGCCGCCGCUGGCCCCGCCUCCUCCUCCUCCUCCGCUGACCUGAGUGACCUCCUGCAGAGCUUCAGGAGCUCCAGCGCCUCCGACCGCCUGCUGACCAAGGGCACCCACUUCACGCACACCCAGAAGUUCACCUUCGCUCAGGACGUGAUGGCAGCGGUGAGCCCCGCCCCCUCCGGCGGCCGGUCGGAGGGAGACGCCGCGCAGCGCCGGCAGGACGAGCUGGACGUCCUCCAGCAGCAGCUGCAGGAGCUCAACGGCCAGGCGGAGCGGCUGGCGGCCGACAUGAGGCUGAUGACGGUCACCGGCGCCCAGGUGAAGGACGAGCUGAAGCAGAGGGAGCGAGGGAACGCCGAGGAGGAGGACAGGAUCCACGUCAAGAAGAAGACCAUCGACCUGCUGCCAGACGCCGACGACAACCUGCUGCAGCUGCAGGCGGUGAUGGAGGCCAGCAGCCAGCGGCUCGUCCACCUGGCGGCUCAGUGGGAGAAACACCGAACGCCGCUGAUCGAAGAGCACCGGAGGCUGAAGGAGAUCCGCAGCAGCCAAGACCUGGAAUCAUCCAGAAAACUGUCAGAGAUCAAAUCUCUCCAUGAUAAAAUCCGAGUGUCUACAGAGGAGUCCAGGAAGAAGGAGGAGACGUACAAGCAGCUGGUGUCGGAGCUGGACAGUCUUCCUCAGGACGCGUCCCGCUCUGCCUACACUCAGCGGAUCCUGGAGAUCGUCAGCAACAUCAAGAAGCAGAAGGAGGAAAUCACCAAGAUCCUGACAGACACCAAGGACCUGCAGAAAGAGAUCAACAGCCUGACGGGAAAGCUGGACCGGACCUUCGCCGUGACCGACGAGCUGGUGUUUAAGGACGCCAAGAAAGACGAGUCCGUCCGAAAAUCCUACAAAUACCUGGCUGCCUUACAUGAAAACUGUAACCAGCUCAUCCAAACCAUUGAGGACACCGGAACCAUCCUGAGAGAGAUCAGAGAUCUGGAAGAGCAGAUCGAGACUGAGAACAGUAACAAGACCAUGGCCAACCUGGAGAGGAUCCUGGAGGACUACAAGGCCAUCCGGCAGGAGAACGCCGCCCUGGCUGCUAAAGUGAGGGAAGGCUGAGGAAGCACACCCCUGAGACCCUCGGAUCCUCGUGGAUCAGGGACCGCUCCGCUCCGAUUGGUUCCUGACUGAACUCUGCACUGCUCUGCUCCCUGAGGGAAGCCUCGCCGGCCGCCGGGCCGCCGCCGGGCCUCUCUUCCUGUAUAGAACCCCUGUGAUUCAAAUCAAACCUUCCUCUCGGGAUUUUUCAGAUGAGAUGUGGCUCCGCCUCCAUUUCCUCCUCACUCAGUGGAGUGGGCGGGGUCUGAAUGUAGUCGAUUCACAGCGUUAAAAAGGAUUGUACAUACGGUACCAGCUUCAAUAAAGAUGCCUU